AUGAACUCACUUCAGUUUCUGUCAGAACAGGUCGACAAGGUGAUUUCUCGCUCGUCCAAGGCGUCACAGCGCCUGGGAGACGGAGGCGAAGGGGUGGCUCGAACGCACAGCCUGGUCGACAUGUCUAAGGAGGAUACAGAUGAGCUUGAUUCCCGUAAGCGGCCACUGAUCCAGCGAUCCCAGACCAUGGACGCUUACACGGGCAUGGGACCGCAGGACUCGGGCUACGACGGACUAUUUCGACGCCCGUUCGAGGACAUUGAGAGCUUGGCUAGCACGAUUCGACGGAUCGGAAGCUUCGUGGUAGGUAGUGGAGGAGAGCAACCAGCGGAGCAAGCAGGGGCUGAGACAGGUGCUUCUCAGACCACGGUAUCGGAAAAGCCACUGGUAACCACUCCUGGUACAGUGACUCCCAAGAACUCGGGCACUCCUGAAAGUGCUGGUCUUCAUACUCCGUUUUCUGACGGAGAGGUUUCCUUCUCUGAAUCCGAAAAGAAGUUUUCCAUGAAGCCCUCCUCAAAGAGGGAUUCAUCACAAACCACAACGGUGCCACCACAAACAUCUACAAUCUACUAUAUCAUCACUUUAUCCUUCAUCUGGGACACUCUUCGGUUCCUGUAUUCUCCAAGUGACUUUCUGGUUCGGGUCUUUCGAAACGAGCCCGAUGAGCGACCCCGGGUAUCGCCUGCAACCACUGCGGUCUCACGACACACUUCUCCUCGGUUAACACCCGAGACAGACACAGAGGCGGCUCCUGUUCGGGACCAUCAGAGUCCCACCUCAGGUGCUGUUGCUCGUCGCAAGAACAGAAAAGCCAAGUUCCGAUACCCAAAGUCGCUUCUGCAUCCAGUGAGAGCAAACAGUAAGACUCUGAUCCUGGAUCUCGACGAAACCCUCAUCCAUUCCCAGUCUCGUGGAAAGCCCUCAAUGAUGGGCCACAUGGUUGAAGUACGACUGGACAAGCGACAUGCCACCUUGUACUACGUGCACAAGCGCCCAUUUUGCGACGACUUUCUCAAGCUCGUGUGCAAGUGGUACAACGUGGUUGUGUUCACGGCAUCGGUGCAGGAGUAUGCCGACCCUGUGAUCGACUGGCUGGAGCAGGAGCAGCGAUUCUUUUCCAAGCGGUACUACCGACAGCACUGCACCAAGGUUGGAAACGGAUAUGUCAAGGAUCUAACAUGCGUGGACAAGGAUCUGAGCAAAUUGCUAAUUAUCGACAACUCACCCAUCAGCUACAUGAUGCAUGAAAACAAUGCCAUUGCCAUUGAGGGCUGGAUCAACGAUCCUACAGACGUGGAUUUGCUAUGUCUGUUGCCUGUGUUGAAUGCCUUGAGGUACUGUAUUGAUGUCAGACAAGCCAUCACUCUGAGAUUAGGCGAUGGAGCUUUUGAGUAA